AUCAUAUAAUUUGCAUCCAUAAAAGUUUCCCAAACGAAAAUGAACAAAUAAAUAUUCAUGCAAUGUUUUUCUCUUUUGAAGUUGUAAACAAUAUUAAUUAUUAGAGUUCUCUUAUUUGCCUUAGACAAAAUAAAAAAAAAAACCAAAUACUUGUUGGGGGUAUUUUUUCAACAGCUGUUUUCAUGCUCAAUUUAGCAAGUUUUGAUGUCAGUUGGACAUAGAAAAGUGAUUGCUAGACAAAAGUAUUUAUUUUUUAGUUAAUUAAAAUAAUUAUAAUUUGGCAUCACAUAAGUAUUUUUUCGAAAUGUCAGCCACAGGUGAUAGGAAACGUAACGCCUCUGAAGAACGUGAAAAAAAUGAACCCAAAGAUAUUGUCGUGGCCAAUGAUGACAAUGAUGAUGAUGAUGAUGCUUGGAUUGGCCCUAUGCCAGAAGAGCAAUCAGCUGCAUCGAAGCCGAAGAAACGCAAGGUUUUACCAUAUGAAAAAGUGUAUUUGGAGAACCUUCCCAAUGCUGAGAGCUAUGAAAAAAGUUAUAUGCACCGCGAUAUAAUAACACACGUGGUGAGCACCAAGACAGAGUUCAUAGUCACUGGCAGCUAUGAUGGGCACAUAAAAUUUUGGAAAAAAAUGGAGGAGGGUAUCGAAUUCGUAAAACAUUUUCGAAGUCACUUGAUGCCAAUACACUCCUUAACAACCAACGCAAGUGGUACACUGCUGUGCUCAGCUUCUGCAGACAAAUGUGCAAAAAUAUUCGAUGUGGUAAAUUUCGAUAUGAUAAAUAUAAUUAAGUUGGGUUUUACCCCACUAUGCACAGAAUGGAUACAUUCCUCCGGUGAUGCCGUUCAUACUUUGGCAGUUUCAGAUAAAGAUAGCAACAAGAUCGUUAUAUAUGAUGGCCAAGGUAAUGGCGACGUGUUAAAAAUUCUGGAAAAGCUGCACUCUUCACCUGUAGUGGCAAUGUGUUACAACUUGCCGUUUGAAACUGUAAUAUCGGUUGACAAAAAUGGUAUACUAGAGUAUUGGCAAAACUCUAAACAUGACUAUAAAUUUCCACAAAAACUUGUAGCGUUCGAGUCGAAGCUAGACACAAGCUUAUUCGAGUUUGCGAAAAACAAAGCCUUAGUCACUGGUCUUGCGGUAUCGCCAGAAGGUCGCCGAUUCGCUACUAUAUCAAAUGAUCGAAAAGUAAGAGUGUUCCAAUUUAACACCGGCAAAUUAAUACGUGUAUUAGAUGAAGCAUUGACUACAUAUACACAAAUGCAGCAAACACCGCAUGCAUUACCUAAUAUGGAGUUUGGUAGAAGGAUGGCUGUGGAAAGGGAUUUGGAUAAGUCUGAGUUUAGUACAAACAACAAUAUACUCUUCGAUGUCAGUGGACAUUUUAUAAUGUAUCCCACCAUGUUAGGCAUUAAAGUAAUUAACAUUGACACAAAUAGAUGUGUUUCUAUUUUAGGGAAAACAGAUAAUAUACGUCCAUUACAUAUAGCUUUAUUCCAGGGUAAGGCGAAAAAAUCUAAAGCAGCUAUAACUAUGGAACAGGAGGCUAGCGAUAAUCCUACCUUGCAAUCAAUAGCCAAUGAUCCUACUAUGUUUUGCGCAGCAUAUAAAAAAUCGCGCUUUUAUCUAUACAGUCGUCGAUUGCCAUCCGAUUUACAAGAUGUUGAUCGUGACGUAUUUAAUGAAAAACCAUCGAAAGAAGAUAUUAUUGCAGUGCCAGAAGGACAAGGUACACAACGUGUUUACGAAAACGCUAUUUUGCACACAACAGUGGGCGAUAUACAUAUGAAACUAUUCUUUAAGGAAUGCCCUAAGACUGUUGAGAAUUUUUGUGUUCAUUCCAAAAAUGGCUACUUUAAUGGUCACAUCUUUCAUCGUGUUAUAAAAGGCUUCAUGGUGCAAACGGGGGAUCCUACAGGCACAGGAACUGGAGGCAAAUCAAUAUGGGGGCAUGAUUUCAAAGAUGAGUUCGUACCAAGUCUCAAACACGAUCGUCCUUAUACUGUUAGUAUGGCAAAUGCUGGCCCCAACACCAAUGGCAGUCAGUUCUUUAUCACAGUUUUACCGACGCCAUGGCUAGAUAACAAACAUACGGUGUUUGGUCGGGUAUUUCGUGGUAUGGAAGUUGUACAAAAUAUUUGCAAUGCAAAAGCAAAUCCUAAAACGGAUAAACCUUAUGACGACAUCAAAAUCAUAUCAAUUCGAUUAAGUAAUUAAUAAUUUCGAAAACAUUGAGAUUCGUGUGGUUAUUUUAUCAAUAGAUAUAUAUCCCCUGAACAGAGUGUAUUAAGUUUGUCAAGAAGUUUCUAAUGCCCAGAAGGAACACCCGUCUGCCUGUCGGUCUGUAUAUACGCGAAUUAGUCCCUCGGUUUUUAAGAUAUCGAACUGUAAUGAAACGUUCUUUUCUCCACAAAAAGCUGCACAUUUGCCAGAACCGCCGAUAUCGGACCACUAUAGCAUAUAACUGAAUGAUCAAAAUGAAGUUCUUAUUCGGAAAGCUACUUAUUUGUGAAGGGUUCGAUGAAACUGCAGCUAACACUUUUUCUUAUUUUCCUCGAACUUACCACCAAAUUUAUGUUUAAAUAAAAACAAACCUUUUUAAUUAGUGUUAUAUUUAAAGUUCUCGUAUAUUAAUGUAUUGCAAAUAAACUUACGUAUGUACGUUGAACAUACACCUAUGAAUACAUAUUUACAAUAUAUAAAUAGAACAAAAAAUUUUGUUUAUAUAUGAGUAUAAUACCGUAAUAGCUGCAAUUACACAAAAUUUAUUAUAGCCAGACAUUUAUUUGUAAACGUUUAAAGCCAAUUUUACAAAUAAAAUACAUUUAUUACAUUUUCAA